AGCUAGUCACACCGAUUCAGAUUACGAGCCGAUUUCUUUAGCUCUAAUCAUUUUUGUAGGGAUUGUCUCUCUAUCUCUCUCAAAACCUUAAACCCUUUGGAUCUCUAUCUUCGAUCCACCUGAGAAACCCGAAACCCUUGAAAUCGACUCCUUCCAAUCGCUUGAGAUUGUUGAAAUCCAUCACGCAGCUUGAAAUCCAGGGCAAAAUAAGACUGAAUUUUGUUUCAGUCUAUUUUAACCCUAUAUAUAAGGAUUACUCGCCACAAUGGUCAACGAAAGAGACAAGGAGACACAGAUAGUUGGGAGGAAGAAGGGCAAGGUGCUGGCCACUGUUUUGGCCCACCGAAAUGGGGAACAAAACUGCCAUGGUGGAGGAAAGUGGAAGCAAGACCAUUGCUGGUGAUCAUCGGAAAGCCGGUCCAGUGAAAAUUCUGUAUUCAAUCUAUAGUCAUAACAUAAGCAAGCUGAAUCGAACAGUACAAAAAUGUCUAAGAAAAAGCAAAUGGGUAGAGGAGGAGGAGGAUCAUCAUCAACAACAGCAACACCAACAAAUUAUAUGGAUUUCAAGGACCAGAAAAUGGACAUGAAGUCCAUUAUGAAAGAUAUUGAAUCUUUAGUACCCUCACAUAUGACAUGGAGAGAGAGGAAGGAAUUGGAAAACAGGAAGGUUGUUGCUCUUGGUGGAAAGCCUCCCAAAAAGCAGAGGUUACCACUAAGUGUAGCACGAGUUACAAUGAAGAAACAGAAAGAAAGAGACCAGAAAACGCUCCAAGAGAAUUUGAUACUUGGACGAUUUGGAGCGAAGCUUGGCAAUGGUACUAAGAAAGUAGGAGAGAAGCGCAAGCGUGAAGACAUGGUUCUGAAGUCAACUGAAGGUCAUUUCAGAAAUGGUGUUCUGGAUGUGAAGCGUUUGAUGAAACAGUCUGCACCUAAAGAACGUGAUAUCAAUACUUACGCAUUUGAUAAUGAAGGGAAGAAGAAAAAGGGUGGUAAAAAGAACCAAGGAAAGAAGAAAGGUGGUGGUAAAAAGCGUCAUUGAGAACACCAUAACUCUUAAAAUUCUUGUUUGGAAGCAGAUAAGGUUUUCUCCCUCCCUUUUUCCCCCCCUCUUCCUCACUCUUUUAAUGUCAUCUGAGAUUCUUUGGUGUUUGGAUGAAUCAUUGAUUCUCCAUAAACAUCAAUGAUACUGGUCAUGCAAUUUUAGGAUUGCACAGCCCUUGAGCGGCGUUGCAAUGGGUUCAUUGGGUUUACAUUUGCGCUGUAAAUGCAGUCAUAGUGUGGUCUUCAGAAAAGGCCAAAAUGUGUUUGGGCGGAUGGGCUUGAUGUAAGCACAGAUUGGCCUAUUUCUAACUAAAAGUGUAUUUUGGUUACCAUUUUGAUGAUGUAUCAGAUGUCUUUGGUGCUUCUUGUUUAGAAA